AUGGCCACCAUCCCUGGUUUCCCUGUGCUUGUGGUCACCAUCUUGCUUGCAUUUGCAUGCACAUCCUGCUUCCUCUCAUUCUCAACUGCAUCUUCUUCAGCUCCUGCUACACUUCACAGCACGACAUCCGAUGAUACUGAUCUCCAGGCCCUGGUUUGCCUCAAGCUCCACCUCUCCGACUCCGACACCGCCGGAGCCAUGGCUUCAUGGAGCAAUGACUCGUCAGUGCAGUACUGCAGCUGGCCUGGUGUCACCUGCGGCAAGAGGCACGCAUCUCGUGUCACCAUCCUGGAUUUCGAUUCGGCCAACCUCAGUGGCCAGAUACCGCCAUGUGUUGGCAGCCUCACUUUCCUUAGGGCUAUCCACCUUCCAAACAACCAGCUGAACGGGCACAUCCCGCCAGAGCUCGGCAGCCUGAAUCGCCUCUUCUAUUUGAACCUCAGCUACAACCAUCUCAUGGGCAUGAUACCAAGCACUCUAUCCUCCUCCCGCCUCCAGUUCAUCGAUCUUUCAACCAAUCUCCUUGAAGGUGAGAUCCCCUCAAGUCUGGUGAGCAAUAAAACUUCACAACUGCAGGAGAUCUUCCUGAGCAACAACAAGCUACAUGGCAGAAUCCCAGAUGGGCUGGGUACACUCUCCAGCCUUUCAGCUCUACUUGUCGCCAACAACACGCUGACUGGAGGCAUCCCAGCUUUCCUUGCAAACAGUUCAUCGCUUGAAUUCCUAGAUCUAACAAACAACCAUCUCAGUGGGGAGAUUCCUUCCGCUCUUUUUAACAGCUCAUCGAUUGAAGUCCUAGGCCUUGGAGGCAAUAACUUUGUUGGGUCUGUGCCACCACUAGUGCAUAUCUUGUCACCACUAGAUACCCUGAUCCUAUCCAAUAACAAUCUCUCAGGUAGCAUACCUUCCUCUCUAGGAAAUUUUUCAGCUCUUACUUGGCUCUUGCUUUCACAAAACAACUUCCAAGGAGCCAUUCCAUCGAGUUUAGGCAUGAUUCCAAGCCUGGAACAAUUGGACCUGACUUUCAACAACCUGUCAGGGACUGUUCCAGCCUCUCUUUACCACAAAACAACACUUACAUACCUCGCCGUCGGCACCAACAGACUCAGUGGCCAAAUUCCAUAUGACAUAGGUUUUACCCUUCCAAACAUCCAAACACUGAUUCUGCAAGGAAAUCAUUUCCAAGGUCAGAUCCCUGCUUCACUAGGCAAUGCAACAAAUAUUCAGGUGUUGGACCUCCGUGACAAUUCAUUCCAAGGUACUAUUCCUUCUUUUGGGAACCUGUCCAGCUUAACUGAAUUGAAUCUUGGGAUGAAUCAGCUAGAAGCCGGAGACUGGUCAUUCUUGUCCUCAUUGGCAAAUUGCAGCCAGUUGGUUCUAUUAAACCUAGACAGGAACAUUCUUAAAGGAGAAUUACCUGUUUCCACUGGGAAUCUUCCAAGAAGUUUACAAGUAUUAUUGUUAAGAGAAAAUCAGAUAUCUGGAACCAUACCACCAGAGAUAGAGCACCUUACAAACCUUACCAUUCUUUACAUGGAAAAUAAUUUACUUGCUGGAAACCUCCCUGACUCCAUUGGAAACCUUCCAAACUUGUUUGUCCUUAGCUUAUCCCAAAACAAACUUUCUGGACAGGUUCCAUCAUCCAUUGGUAACCUCAACAAACUGAGUGAGCUCUAUUUACAAGAAAAUAAUUUCAGUGGCUUGAUCCCAAGAGCUUUAGGAUACUGCAAAAAUCUGGAAACUCUUAACCUCUCCUGUAAUGGCUUCACUGGUAGCAUACCGAAGGAGCUCUUCACCCUUUCCUUGCUUUCGGUAGGUCUGGACUUGUCUCACAAUGAACUAUCUGGAGAAAUACCAUUUGAGAUUGGCGGCUUGAUAAACCUCGACGUGCUGAAUAUUUCCAAUAACCAACUGAGUGGAACAAUCCCCUCCGCUCUAGGAUCCUGCGUGCACUUGGGGUCCCUCCACAUGGAAGGGAACCUUCUACAUGGGAAAAUCCCUGAAUCUUUCAUUAGUUUGAGAGGCAUCAGUGAGAUGGAUCUUUCUCGAAAUUACUUGUCUGGUGAAGUUCCUGAGUUCUUUGAGCUUUUCAGCUCUAUGAUGCUUCUCAAUUUGUCGUUCAACAAGCUCGAAGGACCGGUACCGACUGGUGGGAUAUUUCAGAACAUAGGAGAGGUUGUGUUCAUUGAAGGUAACAAGUUGUUGUGUGCCAGCAGUAUCCACUUGCCACAGCUUCCACUUUGCAGUGAAGUGAGAUCAAAAAACAGAAAAGCCUACGGUAUUCUGAAGAUAGCAGGAUUUACUGCUCUUUCCUUGGCCAUCUUCUCGUGCUUUGUCGUCGUUCUCUCGAAGAAGAGAAAGAAAGUUAAACAAGAAUCUCGUCCACCUUGCAAGGAGUUGAGGAAGUUCUCAUAUGCUGAUUUAGUCAUGGCAACAAAUGAUUUCUCUUUGGCCAACUUGAUUGGUUCUGGAAAAUCUGCAUCAGUCUACAAAGGUAGACCAGGGCUCGAAGAAGAUAUAGUUGCUAUCAAGGUUUUCAAACUCGAUCAACUUGGCGCACCAAAGAGCUUCGUUGCUGAGUGUGAAGCGCUGAGGAACACUCGUCAUCGCAAUCUUGUAAGGGUGAUUACUGCAUGCUCAACAUUUGAUCCAUCAGGACAUCCAUUCAAAGCUCUUAUUCUUGAAUAUAUGCUUAAUGGAAGCCUAGAGAGCUGGCUCUAUCCUAAUUUGAACAGGUAUGGGUUGAGAAGCCCUUUGAGUUUGGACACCAGAAUAACAAUAGCAAUGGAUGUAGCUUCCGCUUUGGAUUAUCUACACAACCAUUGUGUGCCCCCUGUGAUCCAUUGUGACUUAAAGCCCGGCAAUGUCCUUCUUGAUGAUGUCAUGUGUGCACGCCUUGCUGACUUCGGGUUAGCUAAAUUUCUUCAAAGCUAUAGUCAUCAAAGUUCGACAAGCUUAUUGGGACCAAGAGGAUCAAUUGGAUACAUUGCACCAGAGUACGGCUUGGGAAGCAAACUCUCAGCAGAAGGUGAUGUCUACAGCUAUGGAAUUAUUAUCUUACAACUGCUGACAGGGAAGUGUCCAACAGAUGAGAUGUUUACAAAUGGUUUGAACCUUCACAGAUUUGUGGAGAAUGCGUUUCCUCAAAAGAUUGGUGAGAUUCUAGAUCCUUGUAUCAUUCAAGGUUUUGAAGAUGAUGGUGAUGUGUACAACAAUUUGGAGCAAGGAAAUAAUGCAACAGCUGGAGUGGAAAGCUGCAUCCUGCAUCUUGUUAAACUCGGUCUCUCAUGCUCUGUGGAGACACCAAAGGAAAGACCAUCAACGCAGGAUGUUUAUACUGAGGUUAUCACAAUCAAAGAAACAUUUGCUGCGCUACGUGGAUGA